AAAUAAAAAAAAAAAUGGACCCAGAAAAAUAACUGAUGGAUUAACCAUUGGAAGAGGAAUCAGAAAUAGAUGAAGAUGAAAAGAGAGAGAAGGGAGAUAAGCAUUAACAAUUGUAUAAAGAUUUAUUAAAUAGAUUAGAUUGAGUGCAUGUUAGAAAGGAGAUUUAUAAGCAGCGCAGCGUUGUUUGGAUAAGAAGGCAAAUGUUUUUGUUGAGGAUAAGAAGAAAUGGAAUUGUUUGAUGUGGGCAUCAUGUAGAGGGUACACAGAGAUAGUUCGUCUUUUAUUAUCUCGUUAAGCAGCAGCCUUAUAUGUUCCAGAAAUGGCUACAAUAUUGUAGAACUUUGCAUAGACAAUGCCAAUAUAUUCAAGUCCAUUGAAUUAAUCAUCUCCAACAAAAUCAACAUAUUUUGGUGGAAGUCCUGGAGGUGUAGCUUAAUCAGCAAUAUUUAAUUUCCCCUAAUAACCAUAAUAAUAAUUAUCAAGGAAAGUGGUUUAAGGUAUAAUAAAUUAAUAAGUACGUUCAACACCAUUGAUGUGGGCAUGUUUUAAAGGACAUGUAUAGGUUGUAUGGUUAUUAUUGAAAGCAGGGUUGAGUUGGGAGGUAUAUAUAUUAUAAUUUAUAUAAAAUAUAUAGGAUGUUGAUCAAUUUGGUAAUAACAGUGUGCAUUUGGCAGCUUCAGGAGGAAACUAGAUAGUAUUUUAGACAUUAUUGUUUUAUGGAGUUGCAGUAGAUAGACCAAAUACAAGAGGACAUACAGCUAAAGAUUUGGCAACAAAUGCUUAUAUAUUGUAAUUGAUAAAGUUGUUAGAAGCAAAUGGAUAAACAUCUAAGUUUUUUUGUAUGACGUGUCGUAAAUUUUGGAAGGAAGAGGAAUAUAGAAUGGAUUGGGUAUAUGAAAAUGCUGAAUCUACAGAUCUGGAGAAACCAGAAGGGAGAUGUUUGAAUUGUUGGAAUAUAAUAAAGAAACAUACAGAAGAAUUAUUAAGUAUUAUUGAAAAAUAAGAUCAUAAAUUAUUGACAGAAAAAUUGAACGAAAUUGAAAAGGGGAUGGUUAUCAAGAAUGAAAAUGGAAAAGAAGAAUUAUAAAGAAUUGAAAUAGAUCCUAAGAACUAUAAAUUUGCAUUGAUUGAAUAAGAGAAAUUGAGAACAUAGAAUGUUAUAUUGGAUUAUUUGAGUACUUUAAAACAUGUUCCAAAUUAUAAGACAAUCUUAAAAUCAGUUAAUUAGAUUUAAUCAAUGUUAGAUGAUGCAAUAAGUAGAGGAGUUAUGAUUGAUGCUCAUGUUAAAGAAGAAGCAGAGAAAGAAAUGGAUAGAUUAAAAGCAGAGGUAUAUAUAUAUGUAUAAUCAAUAUAAUAGAGAAAUUUAUAAUUUGAAUUAGAUAAUUUAGAUAUUGGAUUGUCUACACCAGAAUAAGUGGUUGUGUUGAAUGAUAAAGUAGUUAUAGCAACAGAAAAAGGAGUUGAUAAAUAAUAUAUAGAUUAAGCUUCAGAAUUAAGAGAUAAAAUGGCAAAAGCUAUUUAAGCUAAGAAAAUAUUGAAGAUGUUUAAUGAAUAUCCUGCUAGAGAAAUACCAGAUCCUAUUAAAUGGGAUCCUAAGACUAAAAAACCUAUAGAUCCAAUUACUGGAAAACCUAUUGAUCCUCUUAAAUUAGCGUUAUAGAAUUAGAAAAAAAAGAAAAAGAAGGAACCAAAAUUUGUUAUUCCAGAAUGGGCUAAUGAUGUCAAAUCUUUAGAUGAAAAUAUUAAAGGUAUAUUAUUAUUGAGUAAUUAUAAUUUAUUUAGGAUUGGAAGGUCUUUUAAAGGAAGCAGAAGUGCUAAAUUUAAAUCAUGAAUUUGUUGAAGAAAGUGUCUAAUAAAUAAAGAGAAUGAAAAAUGAAAUGAGAUAUAGAAAAGAAGUUGAUGAAUAAUUAAAGUGGAUUGCUGAUGCUAAAGCAGCAGAAAAAAAGAAAAAUAAAUGAUAUAUAAUG